CUGGACUGGGGGUCCCGGACUGGACUGGGGGUCCUGGUCUGGAUUGGGGGUCCCGGCUCGGAUCAGGGGGUCCCGGCUAGAUUGGGGGGUCCCGGCUGAACUGGGGGUCCCGGCUCGGAUUUGGGGUCCUGGCCUGGAUUGGGGCGGACCCCGCGGGUGCAGCCCUUGGAGGGGAGUGCAGGAUUUUGGGGUCCCCCUUUGUAAGAUUUUGGGGUCCCCCUUGAGUGCAGCCCUUGGAGGGGACUGUAGGAUUUUGGGGUCCCCCUUUGUAGGAUUUUGGGGUCCCCUUGGGUGCAGCCCCUGGAGGGGAGUGCAGGAUUUUGGGGUCCCCUUGGGUGCAGCCCUUGGAGAGGACUGUAGGAUUUUGGGGUCCCUUUGGGUGCAGCCCUUGGAGGGGACUGUAAGAUUUUGGGGUCCCCCUUGGGUGCAGCCCUUGGAGGGGACUGUAGGAUUUUGGGGUCCCCCUUGGGUGCAGCCCUUGGAGGGGACUGUAGGAUUUUGGGGUCCCCUUGGGUGCAGCCCUUGGAGAGGACUGUAGGAUUUUGGGGUCCCCCUUUGUAGGAUUUUGGGGUCCCCUUGGGUGCAGCCCUUGGAGGGGAGUGCAGGAUUUUGGGGUCCCCCUUUGUAGGAUUUUGGGGUCCCCUUGAGUGCAGCCCCUGGAGGGGAGUGCAGGAUUUUGGGGUUCCCUUGGGUGCAGCCCUUGGAGGGGACUGUAGGAUUUUGGGGUCCCCCUGGGUGCAGCCCUUGGAGGGGACUGUAGGAUUUUGGGGUGCCCCUUUGUAGGAUUUUGGGGUUCCCCGGUGCAGCCCUUGGGGUCGGUCUGUAGAACUCGGGGCCCCCCGGCGCUGCUGCCUCUCGGGGGUUUUGGGGUUUGGGGGUCCCCCCGAGGUGUUCCCUUUGAGGCGCUCCAAGAGUGGGGGUGCAGCCUCGGGGGUGUCGCUGGGUUUUGGGGUUCAUUUGCCUGUUUUAGUGGGGUUUGGGGGUCCCCAAGUUGGUCACUGCAAGAGAGGGUCCUCAGGAGGUUUGGGGGGCACUGGUACCCCCAGAAAUCAGGGAGGGGUUUUGGGGUGCCCCGAGGAGACCCUGGGUUGGGGGUGACUGAGGAGCCCUUUUUUUGGGGUGACACUGAAGAUAUUGGCCUGUCAGUUUGGGGGUGACCCCAAGGCCCCCUAGUUUUGGGGGGACCCCUACAAACCCCUUUCUGGGGUGACCCCAAAGACCCGCGUGUUUGGGGGUGCCCCAAACCCCCACUUCUGCCGUGUUCCCAAUACACCCCAUUCCUGAGUAGCUCCAGACCCCCCCAUUUUUGGGGUGACCACGACGGCCCCCUUUUCUGUGGGGUGACCCUGAGGACCCCCCGUGUUUGGGGGUGACCCACAGCCGUUUUUGGGGUGCUGGGGCCAUGGCGUGGGCGCUGAAGCUGCCGCUGGCGGACGAGGUGAUCGAGUCGGGGCUGGUGCAGGAUUUCGACGCCAGCCUCUCGGGCAUCGGGCAGGAACUCGGCGCUGGCGCCUACAGCAUGAGCGAUGUCCUGGCUCUGCCCAUCUUCAAGCAGGAGGAGUCCAGCUUGCCCCCGGAGAACCAGGACAAGCUGCUGCCCUUCCAGUACGUUCUGUGCGCUGCCACCUCCCCCGCCGUCAAGCUGCACGACGAGACCCUCACCUACCUCAACCAAGGUCAAUCCUACGAGAUCCGGAUGUUGGACAACAGGAAACUGGGGGAGCUGCCCGAGAUCAACGGGAAGCUGGUCAAGAGCAUCUUCCGGGUGGUUUUCCACGACCGGCGGCUGCAGUACACGGAGCACCAGCAGCUGGAGGGCUGGAGGUGGAACCGACCUGGCGACAGGAUCCUGGACAUAGAUAUCCCCAUGUCCGUGGGGAUCAUCGACCCCCGUGCGAACCCGACGCAGCUCAACACCGUGGAGUUCCUGUGGGAUCCCUCCAAGAGGACGUCAGUCUUCAUCCAGGUGCACUGCAUCAGCACGGAGUUCACGCUGCGCAAGCACGGCGGCGAGAAGGGCGUUCCCUUCCGCGUGCAGAUCGACACCUUCCGGGAGAACGAGAGCGGGGAGUACACGGAGCACCUGCACUCCGCCAGCUGCCAGAUCAAGGUGUUCAAGCCCAAAGGAGCCGACCGGAAGCAGAAGACGGACCGGGAGAAGAUGGAGAAGCGGACGCCCCACGAGAAGGAGAAGUACCAGCCCUCCUACGAGACCACCAUCCUCACCGAGUGCUCGCCCUGGCCCGAGGUCACCUACGUGCCCAACGCGCCGUCCCCCGGCUUCAACAGCUCCCACAGCAGCUUCUCCCUCGGGGACGGCAGCGGGUCCCCGAGCCACCAGCCCGACCCCCCCGCGCCCCUGGCUGACACGCUGCUGCCCACCUGGACCCCGCAGGAGGCGCAGCAGUGGCUGCACCGCAACCGCUUCUCCACCUUCUCACGGCUCUUCAGGAACUUCUCAGGAGCAGACCUGCUGAAGCUGACGCGCGAGGACGUGAUCCAGAUCUGCGGCCCCGCCGACGGCAUCCGGCUCUUCAACGCCCUCAAGGGCAGGUGGGACUCACCUGGGGGGCUGGGACACACCUGGGGGGGGUCAUGGUGUGGGCACUAG